UUUUUUCUCUGCUUGUAGGACUCUAAAUCAAUACCAAAAUAGAGAUUUUUAUCUCUAUGUAAGGCGUUGACUGGUUCUUGAGGGAUGAGUUUCUCUUAAACUUGUGGGGUUAGUUGUAGGAUUUAAAUUCAAGUGCUUCUUUAUUUCAUCAAAGGUAUGAACUUUGGUGUUUCUUUUUAACUUUGCUUUUAUGUUGCACACUUAUCUCUUGAUCGUUUGUUGGGUGUCACUAAAAGUAUGAACUUUUCAUGGAAUAUUCAGUUUUUUCAGACUCAAAGGUAUGCAUUUUGAGUCUGUUUAGGCUCAAGUAUAGUCACCAAAGGUUAGUUACUGCUUUCCACAAUGUGUAAAAAUGUAUGAAUCGAGUUCUGUUUCCAUGCGUUAACAAUUAUCUUAUCCAAUAGUGGAACAGUUUCCUGACCUGGACUCUUUAUGUUGCUAAUUAAAAAUAUUUUUGUGCAGACUUGUACGCAACAUUUUGAUUAGAAAAUUUUGGCCGAAUGAAAAAUAUCAUGACAUAAGGAAUACAUUUUUCAAAAAAAGAUAUACGUUUAUGCUCACUUUCGAGUUAUACGCAGAAACAUAUGUUUCAGUAAUUCUGACUUUUAGUUUGCAUUUUAUUUCCAGGGCAUUUCAACUUCUAGGAGCGUUGAUAGCAUACUACAUCUUAUUCAUCUUGAAUAAGUACACCGGUUGAGUCAUAACCGAGUCAGCAACUCGUCCGACAGACAACGAUUCCAAACUGGAGGAAAAGAGUUCCACUUUCCGUAAUAUAAAGUGACUUUGUAACACAUGCUUGUAUAAAGCUAAUUGACAGAAAACGUACAAAAAAACUGGGAGUGUUGGGGGAAUCGGUGAAGACGAAGUAGCAGUAGAUGCGGAUGAGACAACCUUCGUUGUGGUGGCUGAAGAUAUGAAGAGGAGUAAAACGACAGUGUUACGGCGGCGCGAAGCUUCUCCGGCAAAAAUAUUUGCUUGAUUUGCCUCGAUCGUCUUGAUCGGCCAGCCUCGUGGAGUGAGAUCUUCUUCUUCUGUAAUAUAAAGCGACUUAAUUAUGUAUGUGGUGUUAAUUGAGGAGCUACACGGUGAGAAGACGAUGCGAGGUAAUGCAAGAAAACGACAAAGGUAAUGAGAGUUGGAAAAGGCUAGUGAUAAAUCGCUCGAAACGCUAGAUUCGCCGAUUGAUUGUUGGAUCAGUGAAUAGAUGGAAACUUUAGAAUUACCUACGGCUGAGAAGAAAGCGUGAAACGAUAAAAAUUUAUAUAGGUAUGGACUUAAUAAAUCAAAACACAGACAAAAUAUGAAGUCAAGCCCAACAGAUUCUGAGGAAAAAAUAAAUGAAACGGGACGUUUAAUAAGGUGGACACGUGUUGUAAUAAUAUGAAAGGACUUUCUUAGCUGGAUGCUGACUGCUGAGGUGGCAGCACAGGAGUGAAGCAAACAUGUUUAUAUAUAUAUAGAUAGGACAAGUCGAAAUCUAUUUACGGGUCUAGUCACUUACGCAUAUAUGAAUAACCAAUUUUUCAAAAGAUACUAUUUAAAAGACCACUAUUACCUCUCUAUAUACAUCCCCUAAGAAAACCCUGCAACUUAAAUGUCACCUUGGUAGGAUGAAACGAAAGAGUGGGAACUGUCAAAGAAGACAAGUUUUAUAAAAACACAUAAAGCUUGCCUCGCCCGAGUUCGGACCGGAGGAGUUCAGUGUGUUAGAGUGACUUGAUAACUUACUACACCACAAAACCGUUCUGUUUGCAUUUCUUGGUUUGAUCAUUUGUUUGUUCGGACAGUAUUGAUCCUCUUGGGUUAUUGGACUAUCAACUAUGGUUUGAUUUUUUAGGAUAUGGUGUUUAAAUCUAUUAAGAAUUUGAAAUAAAUUGGUGGUGAUCAGUUGAGAUGUAGCUUUAAAAUUUGUGUUGUAUUAGUUAGUCAAUAGAAUUUUUUGUUUUGUUUUAGACAUAUGUCGGACAAUCAAACGCUUGUUAGAGCUCUCAAUAGCAAGCUGAUGGAAAAAGAGAUCUUUGGUGUUAUGGCAGACAUCAAGAACCUCUCAGCUUUGUUUGAAUCUAUCUCCUUCACCUACAUCUUUCGGUCUGAGAACGUCGAAGCCGAUCGGCUAGCUAAGACGGUUCUUCGGAACCCUUCUUCUUCUACGCUUAUGUUGUCUGGGCUUGGCCAGUUGUAAUGGGCCCUUAUGGUUUAAACCCUUACUCUAUUUCUCUUAACGCAAUUUCAGUUAAUCAGAAAAAAAUCCAUCUAGUUGUUUUAACCUAUUUUUUGACCAAAACUAUUCAACAGAUUUGCCAGCUUUUCAUGUUCAACGGAUACUUGAGCGAUUGUGACGUGAUAACUCUAACCACAUAUAUUAUUUUUUUCUUUUGAAAAAGGGUUUUCAUUACUCCAACCAACCAUAUUCAGCUUUGAUAUUUCAAAUUCGUUUUCUAAGCUUAGGUUGCGGCCAGAAUUUGUUCAAAGCGGGUAGAGCUAGAUAUAUAAUUUUUUUUUUGAACGCCGAGCUUGAUAUAGAUUAACCAAGUAAUAAUUUUCUAGAAAGAAAAAGAAGUAAUAACAAUCUAGUUUGAUGAAUUAAUAAUGAAAAUUUCAGAUUAUCUAAUAUUAUUACCCAAGAAGUUGAAACAUGUAUAAAUGACAAAUGUGAGUAUUUACUUCGAAUGUGUCUUUGCCUUUUUGAUAAUUUGCAAGUAGACGAACUCUUUUCAGCUGUCAAUCACAAAGGGGCGUGUACUUAUAACUCAAAGGAUCAGAUCACAACUAGGGGCAAACCAUUUCGUCUAUCUGACUGUCUCCAUCAAACAUUCCUAAAUUGAAAAGUCGAACCUUCAAUUCUCAUUUUAUGUUAAGAUCCUUGCACCCAUAUACACACAUGAAUCAUGUUAGUAAUUAACCCCAUGUUUAGAAUGUUAGGACAGAAUAGAACCGACAAACAUGUAAGUCACUACUUUUCCUCUACGCGGGCAUAACAACGUGCUUCCCAUUUUCUUAAUAUUUUUUUCCUACUACCUAUUUCUUUUUCGUUUUUACUACUACUACUUAUAUCUCUAUCUUCUGCAUAUUUUUACCCGGAAAUUUGCAAAACCCUGAAAUCAAAAUCUUACCUUUUAGUUUUCACUCGUCCUCCGGCAAUGCUUGCACAUGAUGAUGGUUUAGAUAACGAGUGGAAGGGUUUCACGGUUUUCCCCGAAGUAAACCCUAGCCCUAACCCUAACUAUAGUUUCAAUUUCUUGGUAAAGAAGGCAACCGUAGAGAGUGAGAAAUCAACCGGUUCUAUUUCCUCCCGUUCUUCCGCAAAAGAGGAUAGCUUCAGAAUGGUAUUGCCACCGGCCAUGCCUCCGCCUAGGGACUCCACCGUUCCGCUUCCUGUGUUCCCUGAGCCGAUGAGAACUCGGAAAAAACUUAGCCACCAAGAAUCCUUUCUUUUUAUGACAAAAUCUCUCUACUCGAAGAAAAUCUUUUACAAGGAAGACGAUUUCAAGUGUAACGCCUUCUGCUUGUCUCUACCUGGAGUCAAGAAACACAAGCCAGUUAGAUCUUCAAAACGCAAAGACUCGAUGGAGAAGAAGAAGAUGAUCACAGCGUCUUCCUUUACCUCGGUCGAGAAAUACGAAUGGUCCCAUUCUUGGACAUCGACUACGUCUCUGACGCAAGAUAAUGGUCGGUCGUAUUUUGAUUUACCGGUGGAGUUGUUGAAGUGCUGCAGCCGUGGAGGCGGAAAGGGAGGAAGAUAUGUGCAAGAACCGGCGUCUUCUAGUUUCUCGUUCGAUAGAGAAACAGAGAUUAUGGCUGUGACAAGAGUUUUCUCACGGUCGUCGCGAAGUGAUCAUUGCUAAGCCGUGUGAGAUUUUAAACUUUUUCUUCACCGUCGGUUUCAUGCCCUACGUCGCCGCGAUCUUGUAUCACCCCCACGCUUGCGUAAGGCUAGGGAUGAAGUCUAUUCAAAACGCUUGAAUAAGGAAUAAAAAAACAAAGUACAAAACUUUUGUUUUUAUAUCAAAUAUGUU